GUCAAAUUAGGUACUCUAUUUUAGUUUUGCUUUCCUAUCCUAUUAUAAUCCUGUAAAUCAAAAUUCACAAAAUUGUGUAUGCCAUUAAAUUUUUACAAGACAUAAAUAUAUAUAAAAAAAGAAAAAUGCUUCGGAAAGCGAGGCCACUGUUGUGUGCAAUCCGCGCUCAACGUAAUAAUGUAUAUUGUUUACGCAAUAUCGAGACAUCACCUGCGCCACAAGAGGGGAUCGUGAUCAGCGAGAGCUGCGUUCAAAAAUUGAAACAGCUAUGUGACGAUGAGAAGAGCUUCUUACGGGUAUGCGUCGAAAGCGGGGGCUGCUCAGGAUUCCAAUACAAAUUUGAUUUGGACACUAAACUUCAAAAUGAUGACAGAGUAUUUGAAAAAGAUGGAGUCAAAGUAGUAAUAGAUGAUACGUCACUUGAAUAUAUCAAGGGAUCUACAAUUGACUAUCACACUGAACUGAUUCGAGCAGCGUUUAGAGUGGUCCAGAAUCCUAAUGCAGAUUUGGGUUGCUCAUGCGGGGCAAGUUUUGCUAUCAAAAUUGACUGAAGUACAGAUGGCCAUCCGAAGUUUCGACCUGACAUACACUAGUGCGUAAAAAGAACACCAUCUGUACUAAAAAAAAAUUUUGAAUCCUACUCAAUAAAUUAAAAAAACUGUAAAUAUGUUAAAGCAAUGUAGACAUUUAGUUUAAUUUAUUUCCAUCUGUGAUAUAACAAUAAAGAAUUUACAGCAGUAUAA